GCAGUCGUUUACACGAUCAUCGCAUUUUUGAAUUUUCGCACAUGUUGCACCUGUCCCCGCGCGCCUCGGUCUCGUCCGACGACAACAAGCCCGUCGAAGGCAAGGGCACGUGGACGAAAGACGAACACGAACGCUUCCUCCACGCGAUUGAGCUGUACCCGAGUGGCCCGUGGAAAAACAUUGCCGCCAUCAUCAAAACCCGAACGAUCCGACAGACGCAAACCCAUGCCCAAAAGUACAGGGAAAAGCUCGCGCGGCGCAACCGUGGGCUUCGCAACAAAGCCGCGAUCCCGGACGAACUCGCUGUGUUCCCGAGCUCAUUCAUGAGCAAUAACGUGCCGUUGCCAGUCUGGUCGUCCCCGUGCUCCGUCCACCACUCGCUCUUCGCGCCCAGCUCGUUUGCCGUUCAGGACGAGUCCCCGUCGUUCACGGAAAGCAUGGACUUCCUCAUUGAAAUCCUCGACGAGAUCGUGCCCACGAUGCUGGUUUAACGUGCAGCUCCAUCAUCCGGUGUCGGCGGCGUCCUAUUUAUUCUAGCGAUGAUGAUAAACUACAUCGAUUUCCGAUCCUCUCCACA